GCCAAAGAUACUAAACUCAAAGACAAAGCUGCUACUGUUGGGAUUACCUAAACCUAACAUCGCCCACGUGGACUCUGUUCUGGAUUACAAGAUCAAGAUCAAGGACUUCGAGUCGUAAAGAUUAAGGAAGGAGUUCGCUCACUCAAAUCAAAUGAGGCAGCUUAGGACAAACAUCAUACAUAGUAUAUAUGCAUACACAUAAGAAACAAGCGCGGUUGGAAUUGAUGUCUGGUUGUUCCGAGGAGGAGGGGGUUUCGUUCUCGGACGCCGAUCGUCGCGGUUACGAAGGAGGCAGUGACGACGAUUCCGAAAUGGGGAAGAGUCAACUUCGCAGAAGACGAAGGGUUAGUGAUUUUGGGAAGGUGGUUGUGCGUCAAUUCGCGAAAGCGAAGAAGCAAAUACGCAGAGUCAGAAGCAGAAAGAGUCUUCUUGCGAAAUCGCGUCAGGGGAACGAAGAAGGUAAGGUGAUUGUCGUCGACGGUGAUAGUGGAGGAAGAAGGAGAGGGAAUGGGUGUGGGUUUUGUUUUUCGCGGCCCAAAGUGUUGGAAUCACCUAAUGAGUCUCCCACGAGUGAUCCCAAUGACCCUAAUUUCACUCAGGCCAUGUUGAGAACUUUGAUGGAUAAGAAUGAUUUCUAUUCCAAAGAAUGCAACCCUCAUUUGGAUUAGUUACUAUUUUAGAUUCCUUGCGUUCGAUUGGGUUUUAGGAUAAUCUGCUCAAUAUGAAGUGGUGUAAGUAAAAUGAUGAAAUUGUGACAUUAUGAUGGCUCGUAAGGGAGGUAAUUGGAUUAUCAAUAAAAGUGGUAGAGAUGUUACUUGAGAGGCUGGAACUGUGUAAUGUCAGACCCUCAUUUGCAUUUUUGUUUUUAGAGAAAUGUGGUGUAAGAACUUAUAGACAGGAAACUUGCUGCAAUUCAAUGCUUAUGGAUUCAAGAGUUGGAACGGGUUAAUAUGGAUUGGAGAAUGGAUGGUUGCUUGAUCAAGUGCUGCUGUUGGAGAGGGUGGUGAAAUUUGGAUUCUUUGAUAUUCUGGGGGUUUCUACUUGUCCCAAUUUGGAGAAGUGGUGUACAUAUGAAUACUGAAAUUUUUUGAAGGCUGUUAUUUGCAUAAUCUCUUUCUAGCCGUCAGCACUUUUUGAUUGGUUUUCUCGUGCGUGCAAAUUUUUGGUUCAGCUUGUUAGAGGUCUUGAGUGGUUGCAAUUUAUGGAAUUUUUUUGGCAUUGCAACCUGAGAUAAAUUGUUUUGAAAAUCAGUUUGUUCUGAUUUUUUUAUAACUCAUGUCCUCAUAUGUAUUUGAUGAGAUUUGGAAAUGACAAUGGUUCCCAUUCUUGAGUCU